CCGAUAUUAUCGAUAAGUAUCGAUAAGUUUCCCAUCACUAGUCUUUACUAAACUGUAAUUUUGAUACUUUUUAUAUUACUUUUUUGAAUCACAUUUCUAGGGUGCAAAAUCAUUAAAAACGUUAGAAACUGAUUGUAAUGGAUAUUACAAUGCUGUUCAAGGCGUCUGUUAAGACGGUUCGUCUGAAAUCUUCAGAAGCUUUUGUGUUGCGUGACAAGUCGAGAAUAUUACAAAAAAAUAAUACAAAGCUCACAGAAAAGGCUAAACAAAUUCGAUUCCAAAUCACUGAAUUGAAAAAUCUAUUGAUUGAAAACCGUGCAGCGUAUAUGCAACUUGGUCAACACUUAAAAAGCUCUGAACAGAUGUCAAAUGAUGAACGAGAUAUUAUUGAUCAAGAAUCAGAAAAUAUAACAAAAAUGUGCAUGGCGAAAUUGAUGGAGUUUAAAGCUGAUUGUUGUAACGCAAUAUUCAGUAAACAAAUGGCUGAGUUUAUGAAUUUGGUCAUUGAAACUCUAACUAACUACAUGAGCUCAGUUCACCAUAUUGCAAAUGAACAACAGCAGUUUCGUAUUCAACAGGAACUUGAAAUGUUUGGUCUUUUGAAACUCAAUUCGGACUAUAAAUUAUCUUCAAUUCCAUUGAACGUAUUAGGCAGCGAUUCAUGUGAUGAAAAAAAACUGUAUCUCAAAAACGUCUCUGAUAAUGUAUACCAAAGUAAUCCGCGAGAAACCAAGUUGGGCAUAAAUUUGCAAGAAUCUGAUCUGACAAAUAACAGUUGGAUUUUCGAAAACGAAGGGCUUUGUGCGGAAGAUAUGCAGAUGUUUGAAUCGGAAAAUAUACAAUUAUACAGUGAAUUAAGAGGACUAUCUGAAGAGGUUGAACGAAUUGAGAGACAUGUGCUUGACAUUGCACAUUUGCAACAAGUUUUUACUGAAAAAGUAUGGCAAUUUUAUUACCCCAUAUCCUUACAAAAGGCAGAUAUCGAUAGAAUUGCCAACACAAUCGUGGGUGCGACUGAAAAUGUAAGAGAUGCCAAUGAACAAAUAAAACAAGCAAUACAGCGUAACGCUGGUCUCAGAGUUUGGGUACUUUUUUUUCUCAUCAUUAUGUCACUAACUUUACUUUUUUUGGACUGGUAUAACGAAUGAAAAUGUUUCACCGAACGUCUGGCGGUAAGAAAUCAUUUGAAAAGUGUACAUAAAUGUAUGUAGAACCAAUAAAGUAGGCUCGCUUGCAAACUGCGUUUGCAAUUACGUAGCAUCUAGGGGAAACGAGCUAUAUUUUUAAACCAAGAGUUAGAUAAAUAAAUGUUAUAGAUGAUAAAAGUAUUUUCAUGUAA